CCAGAGAUAAAAGUUUUAUAUUGAAAAGUAGCCCUUGACCAAGGGCAGUGCGAAGAUAUAAAAGCAAGAUGCAAGUACCUCAGAAAUCGGAGAACAUAAAAAUCCGAAAAUCUUUCAACCAUUUUUUCAAAACUGGGUGGGAACUCUCCCCUCCUCCUUCGGUCUCGCCGACCUCCUCUUGACCUUCCCCUGGACCCAAGGGUGUGCCAUGCAAAUUUUGGCUGCUUUAGCUCUUACAGGGACUGAAUGCAUAGAGAACAAACAAACAUACAAACAAACUUUCUUCUUUAUAUAUAUAUAUAGAUAUAGAUAUAGAUAUAGAUAGAUAUAGAUAGAUGCACAUCAAUCGUUUUAAUUAUUACUGUGGAUCGGUUUUUAAAAAAAUUUCUCUAUCACGAUACAAUUCCAGUAUCAUAUUCUUAUGUAGAAGAAGUCGUGUGUAACAAUCUAUAGUCCCCAAAUUUGGAUUGAUACUAACUAUUUAAAUUGUAGUAUCUUCUAGAUCAACAUGAACUAAAAAGAGAUAUUGCAUUAAAAGAAAGCUCGAAGUUUCAAUUAUCGAAUCGUUGUUAAUCAGGCUCUAGAGGUAAUUAGCUUAAAAAUAUCUCAUUUUGAUCCUUCCCGCCUUACCAUACAAUUUUGAGCUCAAUAUCGUUUAAACUCAGUGAACUAAUUCAGACACCAUCAACUGCAAUCGGAAUCUAAUUAUUUCCCUUUGUUUUCAACAUUAAUAACUCGAACAGCAACAGAAUUAAUUGCACUCAUUGACUCUUUACCCUCUGUGCCUUCUUCAACAACAAUAACGACUACCACCAUACCAUCGUUACAACAACAACAAUUAGAACUUUUAGAAGCCGAGAAUCAUUUGGCAACAAAAAAAUUAGAAGAAACAACGCAAUUAGCGGAAUAUUUAUUAGAAAAAGUGCAAACAUGCCUUCAAUCAUUAUCACAUGGAAUACUCGACGAAAGAAAAAAAUAUCAAGACACAGAGAAAUAUGUAAUGUCACCAACUGCAAAAAUGUACGUUUACUCAGGCAGACCAAAUCCAAAAUGGUCAAUAACAUCCGACGACUGGCAACAUUUAAAUAAGAUCAUUAAUUCUUUACAAAAGAUUUACAAGGAUGAAGUAUUGGGUUCAUAUACGUUUCCUUCUUCAUUAGGAUACGGUGGUUUUCACGCUGAAUUCGAUAUUGUAUCCAGUUAUCCUGAUGUUUAUUACGUUGCAAAAGAUAAAUAUGUUGUACUUUCAAAUCCUGGUGGACAUGUAAUUUAUAACGAUCCAACCAAACUUGUAGAACGUUGGUUUAUGAAUAAUGCCAAGACAAAUAAUAUUGAUCUUCCAUUAGUGUAG